UUCCUAACCUCUUUUUGGGCUCGGUUACUCCGAGCCUCAGGUUAGGUUGGAGUCACCCCUUAACCCCCUCAGUCUUCCUCACUCGGACAAGUCACCCACCAACGAGAGAGGGCAUCAAAACCAGUCCAAAACCAAGACCAAUUUUUUUCUCUCCGAUGGAUCACGCCGGCGAGCACGAAUCUGUUUUGGAUAAGAUCGUUCAAAGUCCACUCGUUAACGAUUCUUCAUCGGAUUCAGAUAACGAGAAGGACAAGAAGUCCAAAGUCGACGCCGUCAAGGCCAAGAUCUAUCGUCUUUUCGGCCGUGAGAAGCCAGUUCACAAUGUGCUAGGCGGUGGAAAACCUGCUGAUAUUUUCCUCUGGAGGGACAAGAAAGUCACUGCAGGUGUGCUUGGCUUUGCUACUGCGAUUUGGGUGUUCUUUGAAUUGCUGGAGUACCACUUGCUUACACUAGUAUGCCAUGUACUGAUUCUUGCUCUAGCGAUCUCUUUCUUGCUGUCAAAUGCAUCAACCUUCUUAAAGAAGUCACCACUUCAUAUCCCAGAAGUCAUUAUUCCUGAGGAUAUUGUUGUUUCUGUAGCAUCUGCACUAAGAACUGAAAUUAAUGGAGCUUUGGACAACCUUCGAGAUAUUGCAUCAGGAAAAGACUUGAAAAAGUUUCUUGGUGUUAUUGUUGGCCUGUGGAUUCUCUCAAUCUUGGGGAGCCAAUGCAACUUCCUUACCUUGUUUUACAUCAGUUUUGUGUUGCUCCACACUGUACCUGUGCUGUACGAGAAGUAUGAGGAUCAGAUUGACGCCUUUGCUGAGAAGGCUGGUGUUGAAAUAAAAAAGCAAUAUGUCGUAUUUGAUGCCAAGGUUCUCAGCAAAAUUCCCAAAGGCCCCCUGAAGGGAAAAAAAUUGGCAUAGUUACAUAGAUGCUUGACUCUCUGUUCGAGUAUUGUGCUUUUAAUUAACUAUAACAUGUUUUGUGGAAAUUGUUCUUCCAUUUAUUGGAUUUGUUUUUGUGACAAAUGAUGUACAAGUAUAACAGUUCCAAAGCCCAUGAAAUAUUAUAGGUACUCGUGACUAAGAUUUCCUCAUGAACAUGGUUCCAGA